AUGACGCUUUCUUCCUUCCUGAAGGUUCAUCCUCCGACCUUCAGAGGAACCUCGAGCCCUACCGAUGCGGAUAACUGGAUACAAGCCAUUGAGCGAGCAUUACAGGCUCAGCAGGUUCCUGAUGAACAGUGGAUUGAGUUUGGAACCUACCAGCUACAAGGUGAGGCUCAGCAUUGGUGGCAGGGCAUGAGGCGUAUUCUGCAACCUGAUAGGAUUUGUAAGGGAGCUCCUGAGGACUUUGCUGAUUGGAAGUGUAUCAAGUAUGAGGGAGGCCUUAGGAGCGAUAUUCUGAGCUUCAUUGCAAUGAUGAAGAUUCGAACCUUCUCUGAACUGGUAAACAAAACUAGAGUUGCUGAAGAAUGUCUGAGAAAUGUGGCAUUAGACAAGAGUGAUCACCGAAGCUCUGUUAGGGAAGAUCACGGAAGAAAGUUAUUGCCUAGAGGUCAAGAUUUCAAGCGAGGCGGCAAUACUCCAAAGCAACAUCAAGGCCAGAGUAGCUUCCGAAGGUUCAACGAUAACAAUAACCAAGGAAAAGGACGCAAAAAAUAG